AUGGUUCCUCCAGUAAUUUAUAAGUAUCGGCGAAGGAGAGAUCCAAGGGUCCUAAGGGACGAUGAUGGUUCGUUGAUGAGGAAUCCUCCUCGGGUCUCGCCUUCCCAUUCUAUCGACAGACCCAACUCCGAUUUUAUCGAGGUACGGGAUGUGAAUCCUUUAUUGAGCGAGGAUGGUGAUAGAAUUCGAGAUUUGGGUUGCGUUGAGGAUGAGACUGAAACUAGACGUGGUUCCGGUAAUUUGGUUCUUCACUGUGAUGGUGAUUGCCUCGACAAGGACAAAUGCAGCAGUUUCGUUUCAUGUAGCAAUUUGGAUGAUUUAUUCUCUGGGUUCGUUUAUAGAGGUGUGAGGAAGACAAGGAGUCGACUUGGAAGUUAA